AUGUACGCGCUCUUUGGAAUGUUCGGCUCAGUAGCCUGUAUCUUCCUUGGUGACCUCUUGGGCCGCCGUAAAACCAUUUUCAUUGCCGGCAUAGUCAACGGGAUUGGCACCAUCAUUCAAUCCACUGCCUUUUCUCUAGGCCAAUUGAUCGUGGGCCGCAUCAUACUUGGAUUAGGAACUGGCGGAAUCAUAGCUACGGUUUCACUUUGGCAAUCAGAAGUUUCGAAAGCCGAGAAUCGCGGUAGCCAUGUCUCCGCGUUUGGUGUCUUCACUGGAUCUGGCCUUUCGCUUUCGCUGUGGACGGGCUUAGGGAUGUCGUUCACGCAGCCCAAUUCAGUGUCGUGGCGCUUCGUCCUAGUGCUAAGCCUUUUAUUCUCGAGCUUGCUCAGUCUCUUCAUCUUUGCAUUACCAGAAAGUCCUCGCUGGCUAUGCAAAAAGGGCAAGUGGGAAGAGGCUCGGGAAAUCUUGAAUCUUUUGCAUAAUGAGGAUCCCGACUUCGAGGAAACUACCAAACAGCUCGAGGAUAUCCGGAUAUCGCUCGAGCGGGCUGGAAAUGCCAGUAUCUUUACAAUGUUCAAAAUGGGGCCACAACGGAGCCUUCAUCGGGUCAUCCUCGCUGCCAUUCCUCAAAUGUUUCUACAAAUGAGCGGCAUCAACGUUAUUGCCCAAUAUACUCCUGUCGUCUUCGAGCAGUUUUUAGGCUUUGACGCAUUUGAUUCUGGGGUCCUGGCUGCAGCUUCCCAAUUCGCAGUUAUCCUCGGUGCCAUCUGCUGCUCCUGGACAGUCGAUCGAGUCGGCCGGCGGAAACUCAUGCUGAUCAGUGCGACUAUGAUGUCCAUAUGCUUCGCCUGUCUAUCUGGUCUAUUGGCUCAUCCAGAAAACCGUACCGGGAUCAAGGCAGCUGCCUUUUUUAUAUAUUUCUAUUUAUUCGUCUAUGUCCUUGGGUUCCUCGGGAUUCCAUUCCUCUACGCAAGUGAGGUCGCGGUGACUCAGUUCCGAGCACCAACAACUGGGCUGUCUACUGCUGUAUCCUGGCUAUUCAACUUCAUUGUCGCCGAAGUGACACCAGUGGGAUUCGCCAAUAUUGGCUGGAAAUAUUUCCUGGUGUACUGUUGUAUCAAUGCGCUAUGCGUGCCGACGAUCUAUUUCUUCUUCCCCGAAACAGCUGGACGUUCACUAGAGGAAAUUGAUGAGAUUUUCCUAGCGUCAAAUUCAAUAUUGGACACCGUUAAUGUGGCAAAAGGAUUACCGAAGCACGAACAUCGUGAGUUAUAUGCGGAGGAAGAAGGCAAAGAAUCUUCCAGUCAAGUUGCUCAUAUUGACGAUAUGGGAAGAAGAGAUGAAGUUGCAUAA